AUGACUACUGCUUUCAAGACUCCUAUUGGAAUAUCCCCAUACCAGUUGGUUUAUGAAAAACCCUGUCACUUGCCAGUGGAGUUGGAGCAUAGAGCAUAUUGGGCAACAAAGUUUCUGAACUUUGAUGCCAAAGCUGCAAGAGAGAGGAGGUUGCUCCAACUGAAUGAGCUUGAUGAGUUCAGAAACUCUGCUUAUGAGAAUGCCAAGAUCUACAAGGAAAAUACCAAGAAGUGGCAUGAUAAAAAGAUAGCCACAAGAGUGUUUGAGCCAGGCCAAAAGGUGCUAUUAUUCAAUUCUCGGCUCAAGCUCUUUCCUGGAAAGCUGAAGUUCCAGUAG